AUGUACAUUGAGGGCGACGGUUUCAUUGAGAGAACUGUUAGAGAGCUGGAAUUCUCGGGGCUCUGGGCCAGUAUCCAAGAGCUCGCUGUGAAUUAUGUUUACGGUAGUUUUAUUAAGCCAAAUGCUGUGCUUCGCUUACUUGAAUCAGCAAAACAGCUCCAGGGCCUGUCGUUUGGCCAGCAUAAGCCGAGAUAUUGGGAUGGCUUCAUGAGCUCCGCUAUAUCAACACCACUGGCAUUCCAAUUGAGGAGCCUGACGAUCCACGGACAAAUGUUUGCGCAGGACCCUGCUGAGCCACGCCUGAAAGACUUUAUAUAUCGACAAAGAGACACCCUCGAGACAGUCCGAUUCGCAGACGUUCACCUCUCAUCACUAGGGUCGCGUAGUAUAUACUCAGCCACUACACCCAGGCGCCAGGAAGACCAACGAUCAGUGGGGGCAGAAUCGAUGCCUGAGGCGCCAAAUGCCGUUCGCGAAUAA